AUGCCUUAUAAGCCAUUUUUCCCGUUUAAUCAGGACCAUCCAACCUUUCCCGCCGAAUUUCGCUCCCCUCAGAAAGAUUUUUCUUCAAGGAACGCGACAAGAGGGGCUCAUCCUGUCCUACAAGACGAACGAAUGAACUUCAGCUUCAUCUUCGAAAAAGGAUGUCGCAUAGCCUUUUCUGGAUUUUUCCGUCACGGAUCAAAGGACUUUUGUCUUGUCGAAAACAUGAAUCCUAACCUCCUCAAGGAGAUCUUUUUCGAGAUCAAACACAGUUCCAAUCCUUCGGAAUAUGCAGAUAUCACCGCUGCAGUACUAGGAAUUCGAGAUGCGACCAAGUUCUUCUUCGUCAGCUGCGACUAUCUUGACCCAGAGCAUAUUAUUGUUCGCACAUAUGCUAAGCUUAGGGACUUCGAUUGGAAUGAACAGUCGCAGAUUGAUGAUCUUAAUCUCUUUCGGAUGGCAGCUAUUGUAGAGGGUUGUGGCAUCAUUGCUUUUGCUGAAGACAAUACAAUACUGCCCUUAUCUGAGAUGAGAUCGAGGAUUGAGGUAAUACCAAACAACUCUGAGGCACAGAGUCAUGUUCUAGCUUCCCAACCUGUGCCUCCAGAAGCGCAAGAUUUGCAAGCACAUCCGUCGGCACCAAAGUUCCAGUUCCGAUCAGCUGCACCGCCAUUCCAACCAGUCACGUCCAUAGUUCAGGUCAAUGACAGGCAGCUCCAGUUUCAUGCCGAAUCACUUGAAAGAGACCGAGUUUGGGGAGCACUGGGAGUCAGUCAAGGGCUGCAGAGUCUAAUACAGCCCGUAGGACAUGUGCCACACCCAUCAAUUCAAUCAAAUCGCAGUCAUGAAACAUUGCACCAGUUUAAUCAACGACAGGUCGGCAACCAAGGCCAAAAUCCGAGAUCCGGAAUGCAGCAACAACUUGAAAGAGCUGUAUCUUCUUUACUUUCUCACCAGGGGAUUAUGACCCAAUUUCAAAGACAGUUAUUUGAGAUGCGACAAUUGCCUAUCCAUCAUGGAAAUGAUACUUCCUAUGCUCAAGGGUUCGAAAUGUUGCCACAACAGACACAACAAACUUACGGACAUAUUCCCCAAUAUACAACAUCACAAAACUACACUCCACCACUGGACCGAAGAUACAAUUUGUUGCACCAGCAUCAUCAGCAAGGCUUAAACCAACAACAUGGCCAAGGCCAACAAAACGUUGAACAGCUUCAAGUUCAUGGACCUCACGCACCUCGUCAACACAUCCAAGGAAAUCACAAUAACAUCCAGAAUGUUGUAGCCCUUCAACAAAAUACCCAGCAGAACCCUGUCCCGCUCCAAACAGAAAGAUACGGGGGACCCCAGCAGGCACUGCAAGGUUAUUAUCAGUAUGAGAACUUAACGGCUGCAGACUUUCAACAGUAUGAACAAAACGGUGACAAUAAUCAAGAUUUAACCUCACAGAACGUACAAUCUGCGCCUGAACAAAAUGACCUGGACCCUCCCUCUGAGUCCAAGUACUGA